GAAAGAGGUAGAGACUAAAAGCACAAUAUUUCAUCAGACAAACUGAAAGCAGGAAUUGAUACAUGCGUCACCAUGUUGAGGCUACUGUUCCUCUUCUGCUCACUCCAGAUUCUCCCUGUGAAAUCAGGCUCUCAUUCUCUGUGGGCUCUUUCCACCCUUAUCAUCGGAGACACGCCGUUUCCAGAGUUCAUCACAGUGGGGAUGCUGGAUGACAUCCAAGUAUUCUAUUACGAUUCAAAUGUGAACAGCUGGAACCAUCGGCAGUCUAGACACACUACAUGUAUUACCCCAGAAGCUGCUGACCUUGUCUUUGGAGACCUGUAUAGACGUGUUAAAAAUAUAGCCUUCUUCUCUAAACACCAGAUUAACCUGACAGGUGGAGUACAUGUGCAGCAGGAGUUGUCUGGUUGUGAGCUGCUAGACGAUGGCAUCCCUGGACCCCUCCUAUCUAAGGGUGCCUUUAAUGGAGAGGAUAAUGUAGAGUGGCAGUUCAGUCUGCACCAGAACACUCUACAGUCAGAAGGUUUAUGGGCCACCGUGUGGAAUCAUGUAGAGACCAACACUCAUGAGGUGCUGUGUGCAAACGUGUAUGGCCCCAUUUGCAUUAAAGCCCUGAAGAAUUGCCUCCACCUUAAGAAAAAUGAAGUGAUGAGAAAAGUGAAGCCCAGAGUUAGGCUCCUCCGGAAAACAUUUCCAGACUCUGGAGGGGUCAAAGUGACCUGCCUGGCCACUGGUUUCUACCCGCGUCACAUCAACCUGACCCUGCUCAGAGACGGCCAGCCCGUGUCUGACCACCAGGUCACUGGGGGGGAGCUGCUACCUAAUGGAGAUGAGACGUACCAGAUGAGGAAGAGCCUGGAGGUCAGCGCAGAGGAACUACAGCAUCACCACUACACCUGCACAGCUGAACACCUCAGCCUGGACAACAAGCUGGACAUCAAAUUGGAUCGUGAGGCAGGUGUAGGUACUGUGUCUGUAGUGCCCCCUGUGGUCGUGCUGGGAGUUGCACUGCUGCUGUGUGUGGGUGGAGUCAUUCUCAUGUGCCUGCGCCGCAGACGACACAGGUAA